AUUUGAUUUCUGACAAUCAGCUGUUCGACAGUCAAAAAUCUAACCUCACUUUCUUAUCAAAUCAACAAAAAAAGUUCAAUAUCAUUGUAAUUCUGUAAUUUUUUGUGAAACAAUCAUCAAUAGCAGAGCAAUAGAGAAUUGUUCUGUGAAAUAAUUUUAUCAGGAUAGGAAUAUUUGUGAAAUAGUGCGGAAAAAUUGUUGACUUUUGACAUUUUGUGGUGUAAAAAUCCGCAUUUGGUGCUCUCAUGAAUUUUAUACAGUCUUUUGGUAAUUUAGCGUGAUUUAGCAGAAAUCUAGGAAUAUUUUUUUAAGCAAAUAAUAAGAGAAAUGGAUGAUUUUUAUAGCAUCUGCAGUGCCACAGUUCGGGGCUGCGUGGACAGCAUCAAGGGUAUCGCUGUAGUCUUCUAUUUGGACAGAGAGAUGAACAAGAAACUAUCCUCGAGAUCAUCUCGGUCACAGUCCACAUCGAAUGAACGACUGAAUCAGACCGGAGCUCCGUCAACUGUCAGACGGUCCGGGAUCAACAAGGAAGCAACGAAACGGGAAGAGGAGUCGAAGGUGUGGGUGCGUGUUUUGCAGUGUGGUGGUCUAAAUGGUGGGGUCUUUUGGGCCAGUAUGGUGAUAUUUGAAUAUGGAAUUCUGCCUGUUCUCAAGCAACUCCUCACUUUCAUGCUGUCCAAUGAAUCUGGCUUCGGGAUGAGUGUUUGGGGAUGGAUGCAGCCCUUCCUCUCACUCAUCUUCCAGAUGAUCUGGGUGCUGCCCCUCUUCCUCCUCACUAAAAUUGUGAACAGCCUGUGGUUCCAGGAUAUCGCAGAUUCUGCCUACAAAUUCCGCAAAGGACGUCCACAAUUGAUCCCCAGCAUCAGCAAACUCUUUGCUGACACUCUCUUCAGCCUCAUCGUGCAGGGUCUCUUCCUGGCCCAGAGCAUGCUCGUGAGUCUGCUGCCCAUUAGCUACGUUGGGAGCAUUCUGUGCUUCGUGCACAUGUCUCUCCUGUACUCCCUCUACUCCUUCGAAUACAAAUGGUGCAACAUGGGCUGGGAACUCCACAAGAGACUCACCUAUAUCGAGUACAACUGGCCCUACUUCGUUGGCUUUGGGGUGCCCCUGGCCAUCGUAACGCAGCUGCCCAACUCCUACAUCGUCAGCGGAUGCGUCUUCUCCAUCCUCUUCCCCCUUUUCAUCCUCAGCGGCAACGAAGCCACUCCGGUCUCUACCACAAACCAAUAUCCUCUGAAACUUUUUUCACCGGUCGUCGCCAUCUCCAACACGCUUUUCAGUCGCACAAUUCAGGUGCAGAGGGCGCCAUCUUCAACGCCCAGUCAUCCAACUCAGCCGUCGAAGAAGGCCAAAUAGUUUCAAGCUUUGCGAUAAAGUCUGUGAUUUUAUCAGAAAUUAUUGGAAAUGCGACGAUGUGCUUAAAAAAAACAUGACCAGAAACUUUUAAUGACCUACAGUGAUACUGCUGUCGUGAACCAAGAACUUGAAUAAAACAUUUUGACUGAA